ACCUACUGCGCGUAGACAGCGAUAGCCUGUGAAUUUAAGGAAAAUAAUUAAUAAGAAACAACAUUUGCUGCGCUGGCAUUAUAAAUUAAUAGGAAAAAUAAAAAGAAAAACAUUUUUGCGUUGAGAAGGAAUUAAAGCAAUCAAACUCGACAAGUUGAUAAAAUGGUAUCAGUGAAAAUUAAAGUGCGUAUGACAAACGGAGCCGACAAUGACAAGCAGCUGGGUUGUGUAGCGCUGUUAUGAUGUUAAAAAUACCGGCGUUCAAUUCGUGUAUAUGGCGGCUUAGUUGACUUUAUGGUCAUUGAUUAAUAUUUCCAUAGUUACGCCAUAUUGACAGCGAAAAUGCAAACGGAGAGAACACGAAUGAGCACACAAAUGCCACAGUAAAGAGAAAAUGCAAAAUUAAAUUAGUGCGCUCAGACAUUCCUUUUGAUUUAUUUCAAUUUUUUCAUUGUAAUUAAUAUUAUUUAAAUACAAAUUAUGUUUAUUCGUGUUAAGAAAUGAAGUUACUUUGUGUUAUAUAUAAAGUUAAAGUGAAAAGUGUAGUAAAAAGUGCAGAAAUUUGUGUAUGAAAACGCAGCUAUAAUAUAAUUCGAAGGGAGGAAGCCAAGCACCAACGGCCAGUUACAACGGGUGUGGAGCUUAGCUGAGCAACAACAAAGAGACUUACUGCUUUUUUAGUUAUAAGCGGGCUGUGUGCACAUUGGGCGGAGCAUAUAGUGACAGUUAAUACGGCGCAAGUACACAUAUUGCGACAAAAUGUUCUCAAAGAAGAAGAAGAAACCAUUGAUUUCUAUGCCAAGCAAUUUUGAGCAUCGUGUGCACACGGGAUUUGACAAACGUGAGGGACGCUAUGUUGGUUUACCGUUACAAUGGGCUUCCAUUGUUGGCAACAAUCAAAUACUAAAGUCAACAAAUAGACCACUGCCUUUGGUGGAUCCCUCGGAAAUUACACCGACGGAAAUUCUUGACCUUAAGACAAUUGUGCGACCGCAUCACAAUAACAACAAAGCGGAUACGACCUCAUUAAAUAGCAGCAUUGCACCAAAUGCCAGCGGAGCAUUAGGAAGUCAAACGGCGCAUGCGCACUAUUUUACCGAGCACAAUAAUGCGGCAAAUGCUGCAGGUUCGGCAACAGGUGGCAUUAGCCACAACACAGGUGGUAUUGUGCUACCCAAAACGUCACAUGUAGCCCGCUCUAAUUCUUUACGCAGCUCCAGCCCGCCCCGUGUGCGUCGGGAUUUACGUGGUAACGCUAAUGUACCACCAGCAGUGCCUGAAGAAAGUGCAACCUCAACAGCACCCACACCCGUGCCUGGUCAAACGAUAGCGUACGGGGGUUACAAACCGCCCAUUACUGGUCCCACUGCCAAUGUAUCAACAGCUGGCUCAGCAAACUAUGGUAUGACAGCGCAUGGUAUGUAUACACCACAUAACACACAGAAUGGUGGUGGUCAUGGACCACUCGCGGUACGCACCGAUUUUGUAGCGGGCCAACAGCAACAGCCACAACCAACACUCGGCAGCACGACGGGGAUGACUGCCUUACAUUACCGCGCGGCGCCACCGCCUCAGCACCUUGCGGGAGGGGGGCAGCCCCAACAAACUUCACCAGUAGGUUCCGUGGCUAGUGGGACACGUUCGACGCACUCACAUGCCUCAUCGGCGCAUACACAUCCACACAACAACAAUUUAAAUAACAAUAAUGGUGGCAGUGGCUUUGCACCAUAUCAACCUGGCGCCAUUCAACCAACACAACAUGCGGCGAAACAUUUAGGCGCCGGUGGAGACCAAAAUCAAAAUCCACACCAUACACAUCCGCACAUGCACGCGAAGUCAGCGUCGCGCGCAUCUAGUUCAAGUGGUGGUGCAAGCGGCGUGGGUAGUGCUGCCGGCGGCUCCAGUGGUCUAGGCGUUGCGCCGCCACCUAAACAGGAACAGCGUCUGACACAUGAACAGUUCCGUGCCGCUUUGCAAAUGGUAGUCUCAGCUGGUGAUCCGCGAGAAAACCUAGACAACUUCAUGAAAAUCGGUGAAGGCUCUACAGGCACUGUGUGCAUAGCUACGGACAAGUCAACAGGUCGUCAAGUGGCUGUUAAAAAAAUGGAUCUGCGUAAACAACAACGACGUGAAUUACUUUUCAACGAAGUGGUCAUUAUGCGUGACUACCACCACCCGAAUAUUGUGGAGACCUACUCCAGUUUCUUGGUGAACGAUGAGCUCUGGGUCGUCAUGGAGUAUUUGGAAGGCGGUGCACUCACCGACAUUGUCACACAUUCACGCAUGGACGAAGAGCAAAUCGCCACAGUGUGCAAGCAAUGUCUGAAAGCAUUGGCCUAUUUGCAUUCACAGGGCGUUAUACAUCGCGACAUCAAAUCCGAUUCCAUACUAUUGGCUGCCGACGGUCGUGUUAAACUCUCCGAUUUCGGUUUUUGUGCGCAAGUCUCACAAGAGUUGCCGAAACGUAAAUCGCUCGUUGGCACACCGUAUUGGAUGUCACCCGAGGUAAUAUCGCGUUUGCCAUACGGUCCCGAAGUCGAUAUCUGGUCACUGGGCAUUAUGGUCAUCGAGAUGGUGGACGGUGAACCGCCCUUCUUCAACGAACCGCCGCUACAGGCUAUGCGUCGUAUACGCGAUAUGCAGCCGCCAAAUUUGAAGAAUGCACACAAAGUCUCACCACGUCUGCAGUCAUUCUUGGAUCGUAUGCUGGUACGUGAUCCGGCGCAGCGUGCCACUGCCGCUGAGUUGUUGGCACACCCAUUUUUGCGACAAGCGGGCCCACCAUCACUGUUGGUGCCCUUAAUGCGCAAUACGCGGCAGCAUUGAAGGAAUGCGUAGAGGCGCGCAUGCGCAAGCAAAUCGAAUAUACAUAUGCAAGUAACACUUAAUUUAGUUAGCGCUACAUCCAUUAUCAUUAACACGAAACACAAACCAAACACAAGUUCAUAAACACACAUAUACACAUUCAUAGC